AUCUCCAUUCCCACUCCCCCCCUCUUCCCAAACUCUCUCCAAAAAAAAACUCUCUCUAAAAUUUUCACUCUCUGUCUCUCUCUCUUUCUAUAUCGUCAGCCUCCAAGAGUAGCAGAGUAAUAAUAAUAAUAGUAAGAAAAGCGAGAGAAAGAGAGAAGGAGAAGAAGAUGUUGUUGGGGAAGAGACCACGCCCUCCGAUGAAGAGAACUACUAGCAUCACUGAGUUCACCUUGGAUCUAUGCAUGGCAGAGGCCCCUCCUCCGCCGCAGGGCGGUGGCGUUGACUGUGGCGCCGCCACAGCCUCACCUCGGAACCAGCGUCGGAAUUUCGCAGAGUUGGAGACCUCUAACUUCUUGAGGGCUUGCUCUCUUUGUAAGCGCCGUUUAGUCCCCGGCCGUGACAUCUACAUGUACAAAGGGGACAGUGCUUUUUGUAGUCUAGAGUGCAGACAACAACAAAUGAACCACGACGAGAGAAAAGACAAGUGCUCCCUCGCAUCAUCCAAGAAACAAGCUGUACCGGCCAACGCCGCUGCCGGAUCCAAGGUCGGCUCCACCAAAUAGGAGACCAUCGCCGCCGCGUAGAUUCGUUUGGGCACUCUCAAAUUCAUUUUUACCCGCUUUUAUUAUAUAUAUAUAUAUAUACAUAUAUAUACAUAUGAAAACUGCGUAUAUGUAUAUAUAUGUUGUGUGGGGAGUGGUGCAGUUGACUUUGUCCGCUAAGGGGGCAAGUUUUGGAAGUGUUAUUUCAUGUGGAUCCAACACAUAUACAACCUCUCAAGUCUCUGUACUUUUCUUCCUUACUUGAAUUUUGAUGCUAAUUAUCAUGGGCAUUAAUGGAAGAAAAUUGCAGUUUUA